AUGAAGCAGAGGUUCUCGUCGCUAGACGUCAAGGUCAUCACGCAGGAGCUGGCCGCGGAGCUGGUCAACCUCCGGGUGUCCAACAUCUACGACUUGUCUUCGCGCAUCUUCUUAUUCAAGCUUGCGAAGCCGGACCACAAGCGCCAACUCAUCGUCGACUCCGGUUUCCGCACUCAUGUCACUCAGUACGACCGCACAGCCGCGACCGCUCCUUCGCCCUUCGUGACACGCUUGCGCAAGUUCAUAAAAUCGCGUCGCAUUACGGGCAUCGAUCAGAUUGGAACAGAUCGUGUCAUCAACAUCUCUUUCAGUGAUGGCGCCUACCACUUAUUUCUUGAGUUCUUCGCCGGCGGCAACAUAAUUCUCACCGAUCGCGAGUACACCAUCAUCGCACUAUUCCGACAGGUUUCUGCCGUGGAAGGAGAGGAGGCCAAGCUUAACAUCAAAUAUAACGUGACGAAUAAGCAGAAUUACAACGGGGUUCCUGACAUCACCGCGGACCGUGUGAAGGAGACCUUGGAAAAGGCGCAGGCAUUGUUUUCCCAGGAGAGCAAUGCGCCUAAGAAAUCCAAGAAGAAGAAGAACACCGACGUCUUGCGAAAGGCUCUGUCGCAGGGAUUCCCAGAAUAUCCUCCACUUUUGCUAGAUCAUGCGUUUGCCAUCAAGGAGCUUGAUCCGGCGAUGCCGCUUGACCAGGUUCUGGGCGAUGAAUCUGCCCUGAAGCAAGUUUUUGAAACGCUGGAAGAGGCUCAGCGAGUUUCGAACAGCUUCAACACUGGUGAUAGCCACCCUGGCUAUAUUGUCGCAAGGGCAGACACUCGGGCUCCGGCCGAGGGCGAAAGUGCUUCCAAGGCUCCUGGCCUUCUAUACGAAGAUUUCCAUCCGUUCAGACCUCGUCAGUUUGAGGGCAAGCCUGAUAUCACGAUUCUGGAGUUUGAGCGCUUCAAUGCGACAGUCGAUGAGUAUUUCUCGUCUCUAGAGUCCCAGCGGCUUGAGUCAAGGCUUACAGAGAAAGAGGAGGCGGCUAAGCGCAAGCUAGAAGCUGUGCGAGAUGAGCAUCGGAAGCGAAUUGACGCGCUCAAGGAUGCACAGGAGCUUCAUAUUCGCAAGGCCGACGCUAUACAGGACAAUAUGUAUCGUGUCCAGGAAGCGAUGGACGCCGUGAAUGGUCUUGUGGCUCAGGGAAUGGAUUGGGGUGAAAUUGAUCGUCUUAUUGAGAUGGAACAAGGCCGAGGAAACCCUGUCGCUCAGAUCAUCAAGCUUCCUCUUAAACUACAUGAGAACACUGUCACCCUGCUUCUCGGAGAAGCCGGGGAGGAAGAGGAGGAAGAAGAAGAAAUGGACUCCAGCGAUGAAUCUGACUCUGACUCUGACAAUGAAGAGUUGGAGCGCCAGAAGCAGGCCGAUGCUAACGACAGGAUGUUCAAGAUCGAUAUUGAUCUGAGUCUCACUCCUUGGGCCAAUGCGACACAGUACUAUGAGCAGAAAAAGACUGCAUCCGACAAGCAGCAAAGAACGCUACAGUCUUCCGAGAAGGCUCUCAAGAGCCAUGAGAAGAAGGUUACAGCAGACCUCAAGAAGGGUCUGAAGCAGGAGAAACAAGUUCUGCGCCACGCACGCGAGCCAUUCUGGUUUGAAAAGUUCAUAUUCUUCAUAUCUUCCGAAGGCUAUCUUGUUAUUGGUGCUCGUGAUGCCAUGCAGGGUGAACUGCUUUACCGACAGUAUCUGAAAAAGGGCGAUGUGUUCAUUCACGCUGACCUGAAGGACGCGCUGCCUAUCGUCGUCAAGAAUCGAACAGCAGACGCCCCGAUUCCUCCCAGUACCCUUUCCCAGGCAGGCAUUCUUUGUGUCGCGACUUCAACAGCCUGGGAAUCAAAGGCGGUCAUGUCCGCCUACUGGGUACACCCGAAUCAGGUGUCCAAGGUCGCCGAGGUCGGUGGCGGAAUUCUCCCUGUUGGUGAUUUCCAAAUUAAGGGCGAGAAGAACUUCUUGGCGCCCUCGCAGCUUGUUCUGGGAUUCGCUGUCCUUUUCCAGGUUAGCCAAGAGAGUGUCAAGAACCACAAGCAGCAUUUCGAGAUCUCCGAUGUUACCGCGGAGACCUCCACUGAGGAGCCGACGGAAGAGUCGACGCCUGAGCCUACUACAGAGACCGGAAAAGAGACACAACAGGACGAUGAGUCUGGAGAAGAGGAUGAAGACGAAGAAGAUGAGGACAAGGCACCUGCCAUGAACCCCCUUCAAAGAGGCGAGUCCGAGCUUCCGGCUCGUCAGGAGAUCCCGUCUCAUGUUUCUGAGUCCGAGUCCGAAGAAGAGGCGGAGGAGGAUCCAUUGCCUAAGGAUGAUGCGGAAGAGGAUGGGCCAGCAGAGGAUGAAUCUACCACUGGUCAAGAUUCUACAGCUCCUCAGCAAGAGCAGAAGCUCUCGGCGCGAGAGCGACGCACUCUGCGUCAGGGCAAGCCACUCGACCGUCCGGCAGAACCAGCUGCUCCUCGCAUCGCACCAACCCGAGGCAAGAAAGCCAAGGAGAAGCGUGCUGCAGCGAAGUACGCUCAACAGGACGCUGAAGAACGCGAACUAGCUCUUCGCCUCCUUGGUAAUAACAAGGGCAAAGCCAAGGCUGCCGAAGCUGCCGAAGCCAAAGCCCAACGGGACCGUGAGGCCGAGGCGACUAGGCUGCGGCGCCGAGCCCAGCAUGAACGAGCUGCUCAAGCCGAGCAGAAACGCCAUGCCCAAUUUACUGAAAAAGGCACCGAUGACUACGAUCCCGAAACCGCGGCAGCUGAAGCCGCAGACCUGAGCUGGAUUCCCGCCCUUGUCGGCACUCCUACUCCGGACGAUGAGAUCCUUGGUGCUAUUGCCGUCUGUGCGCCCUGGGGUGCUCUUGGUCGGUACAAGUACAAGGUAAAGCUUCAGCCUGGUGCUGUCAAGAAGGGCAAGGCCGUGAAGGAGAUCGUUGGCCGUUGGGUCCAUGAGACUACCACCGGCAAGGUCAAGAAGGAUCAUGCCGAGGAUGCUGGUAUUCCUCGCGCUGAUGCUGAAAAGCUGCGUGCGCGGGAAGGUGAGCUCAUCAAGGGCUGGAAGGAUACCGAGAUCAUCAACAGCAUGCCUGUGGGCAAGGUUCGCAUCAUGACUCCGGGAAGUGCGGCUGGUGGUGCCGGUGGUGGUGAUAAGGGUAAGGGCAAGGGCGGCCCCAAGGGUGGUGGUGGACGUGGCAAGGGUAGUAAGAAGAAAUGA